AAAAAAAAAAAAAAAAACUGUCAUGGCUGCGUAUGGCAUGCACGCGUUGAAGCAGUAAUCGCGUGUGAUUGAGAGUUUCAAUUGCGGUCUACCGAGUUUGCGCUGCUGGCUGUCCGGUGCUAGGUGCAGCGGUAGCUGCAGUAUACAUAAAAAAUGCGUCACAAACUUUUCAUUUCCCGCACUGUUCUUGUCCAGAACAACCAAGUCGAAGAAGCACUGCGAGUGCUGAAUCGCAUCCUGGGUUUGGAAGGCAUCUUCGACCGCUACAGGCUCACGAGGUACUACGAGAAGCCCACUAAAACGCGACGGCGAAUCAACUACGAAAUCUGCAAGGCGAUCUACGACGAGGACAUGGCCCGCCGGAUCCAGUUCACGUUGCGCAAAAACCGAAUCGACCCGUGGCUAGGAAAUGAUUGAACUGUUGUCGCGCUUGGCUGACGCCUGUUUUAACAGGCGCUUAUCUUACCUCUGAUUCCUCCGCUGUUGUAGUUAUAAAGGGUCAGUUGCUGGUCCA